ACAGCCGCGUCGAAAUACGUUUCUCUCCGACAAGUGACAUGGCCAAAGUUAAUCCCUGAACACCACGGUAUAUAAAGAUCUCAGGAGGUGUUCAGAAAGCUUCGUUGUGUCACUUGCAACAUCUCAACUGCUGUCAUUUGUAGCGAAGGAAGCAGCCUUGAGAUGAAACGCCAGAUGAGCCUGGCGAUGGCGACGGUGGUGGCGACGGCAACGUUGGCGAUGCUGGCGCGGCUGGCGACGGCGACGCACGCGAGUGUGUCCUUGAUGAGCAACGGCUACGAAGGGCCUGUCGUGGCAAUUUCGCCGUCCGUAGAUGAACUUUACGCUGUUGACGUCAUCGAUUCCAUUAAGAAGACGAUCGGCGAGGCUUCCGAGGUGAUGUUCAGGGCCACCCGCCAAAGGGCCUUCUUCAGGGACGUCAAGAUCCUCCUGCCGAAGACCUGGACGAAGACGGCCUACGACCAGGUUGCUGUCACCGAGAACUUCCAGGACAGUGACAUCCGCGUGGACGUGAGCAACGCUGUAUAUGGUAACCAGCCUUAUACAGAACAGCCAGGUGGUUGCGGGGAUCCUGGUCGUUACAUCCACCUAACACCAGACUACCUGACAGACGACACUGAGGCAGCCAAGUGGGGACCUCGAGACAAGACCUUCGUGCACGAGUGGGCGAGGCUGCGCUGGGGAGUCUUCGAUGAGAUCGGAUACCCGGAUGACCCGAAAUACCCGCUCUUCUACAUGGACUUCUCGAAUUAUCCCUUUGUUUCCAAGCCGAAUUACUGCGCCAACCAGGAGCUCACUGGGUCGAAAAUGGACAACACAACAGGUGAUCUUUGUAACGAACUUAACGGUUUACCAACUGCCACUUGCCGAUUCGAUCCCGAUGCUAGCCAAGUGGCUAAUUCUUCCUUGAUGUCAUAUUACUAUCUUAGUUCGAUCGAGGAAUUUUGCGACAGCACCACCAGGACCCCUCACGUCGCGGACGCCCCCAACAGACACAAUGAAAAGUGUGGCCGAAGCUCCGUAUGGGAGGUCAUCGAGUCUCACGCGGAUUUCACCGGCGGAGCGAACCCUCCUGUGAGCAGCUCCAUGCCCACGAGAUUCACUGUGGUACGUCAGGAGGAAGCUAAGUUUGCCCUCGUCCUGGACUACUCAGGCAGCAUGGCCAGCUACGACAGGAUCCUGAAGUUACAAAUGGCUGCCCGUCGAUGGAUACUUCACGAGGUGUCCAUGGGAAGUUCUGUGGCCAUUAUCAAGUUCACGAGCACAGCCACGUUGGUCGCAGGACUCACCACCAUCAACAAUGACGCAACACGCCAGUCCCUUGCACAGAUAAUCGACAGCAUGGCAGGAGGAGGAACUUGCAUCGGCUGUGGACUUCAGAUGGCCAUUGGGAAUGUAAGUAGUGUGUUUGGUGUCGUGCCCUGUGUCUUAUUAAGUGUCAUUAUCUGUGUCUUACUUGGUGUCAUGUUCUGUGACUCAUUGUGUGUCAUUUUCUGCUUCGUUAUGUGUCUUUUUGUCUUAUUUGGUGUCAUGGUCUGUGUUGUUGAGUGUCAUAUUCUGUUGUGUCAGAUUUGGUGUCAUUUCAUGUAUCUUAUUUGUACCUCAUUUAGUGCCACAUUAUGUAACUUAUUUAGUGUCGUGUCCAGUACUUUAUUUGCUGUCAUGUCCAAAGGCUCUAUCAUGGCUGCCCAGGAUAAAGCCUUUUCACAAGCAGAAAUUCUACACAUUGAUGCAAAUCCCGACUACUAUAAUAAGCACCAAGAGACCAUAGAUCACCUUGCCUCUGGCUGCCAAGAAAAUGACAAGAUCACUAUCCACUUGACAGAAUUAUCCAGGCCCGACAUGAUUAUCAAGAAGAACCAUGGGAAUAAGACCUGCCUCAUGACUGAUAAGGUAGCACCAUCAGAUAAGAAUAUGCCUGCAGAGGACUUCGAUAAGCUAUCACAAUACAGAUCUGAAGACAAGGAUCAAAGACUAAAAUAUCAAUCGCUGACGCCGCGACGAUUUUAUGAGUGUCGUAAAUCCCUUCGAGAGAACAAUGUCCUCUCUCAGGAGGUGUUCAGAAAGCUUCGUUGUGUCACUUGCAACAUCUCAACUGCUGUCAUUUGUAGCGAAGGAAGCAGCCUUGAGAUGAAACGCCAGAUGAGCCUGGCGAUGGCGACGGUGGUGGCGACGGCAACGUUGGCGAUGCUGGCGCGGCUGGCGACGGCGACGCACGCGAGUGUGUCCUUGAUGAGCAACGGCUACGAAGGGCCUGUCGUGGCAAUUUCACCGUCCGUAGAUGAACUUUACUCUGUUGACGUCAUUGAUUCCAUUAAGGCUUGUGGAAGAAGGAAGUGUGAAGAGAAGACGAUCGGCGAGGCUUCCGAGGUGAUGUUCAGGGCCACCCGCCAAAGGGCCUUCUUCAGGGACGUCAAGAUCCUCCUGCCGAAGACCUGGACGAAGACGGCCUACGACCAGGUUGCUGUCACCGAGAACUUCCAGGACAGUGACAUCCGCGUGGACGUGAGCAACGCUGUAUAUGGUAACCAGCCUUAUACAGAACAGCCAGGUGGUUGCGGGGAUCCUGGUCGUUACAUCCACCUAACACCAGACUACCUGACAGACGACACUGAGGCAGCCAAGUGGGGACCUCGAGACAAGACCUUCGUGCACGAGUGGGCGAGGCUGCGCUGGGGAGUCUUCGAUGAGAUCGGAUACCCGGAUGACCCGAAAUACCCGCUCUUCUACAUGGACUUCUCGAAUUAUCCCUUUGUUUCCAAGCCGAAUUACUGCGCCAACCAGGAGCUCACUGGGUCGAAAAUGGACAACACAACAGGUGAUCUUUGUAACGAACUUAACGGUUUACCAACUGCCACUUGCCGAUUCGAUCCCGAUGCUAGCCAAGUGGCUAAUUCUUCCUUGAUGUCAUAUUACUAUCUUAGUUCGAUCGAGGAAUUUUGCGACAGCACCACCAGGACCCCUCACGUCGCGGACGCCCCCAACAGACACAAUGAAAAGUGUGGCCGAAGCUCCGUAUGGGAGGUCAUCGAGUCUCACGCGGAUUUCACCGGCGGAGCGAACCCUCCUGUGAGCAGCUCCAUGCCCACGAGAUUCACUGUGGUACGUCAGGAGGAAGCUAAGUUUGCCCUCGUCCUGGACUACUCAGGCAGCAUGGCCAGCUACGACAGGAUCCUGAAGUUACAAAUGGCUGCCCGUCGAUGGAUACUUCACGAGGUGUCCAUGGGAAGUUCUGUGGCCAUUAUCAAGUUCACGAGCACAGCCACGUUGGUCGCAGGACUCACCACCAUCAACAAUGACGCAACACGCCAGUCCCUUGCACAGAUAAUCGACAGCAUGGCAGGAGGAGGAACUUGCAUCGGCUGUGGACUUCAGAUGGCCAUUGGGAAUGUGUUGAACGGCCAGAGGAACGCGGUGAUUCUCCUGAUCACCGACGGCCAAGAAAACCCGACGCCGCCGCGGAUGAGUGACGUCAUGAGUGACGUCAUUGCUUCGGGUGCGAGAGUGGUCACCAUCGCCUUCGGGGAGAGUGCAGAUCCGAAUCUCGAACUGCUGGCGAAGAAUACAAACGGAAAAACGUUUACGGUGAAGGACACAGAUAACGGCAAUCAAUUAAAUGAUGCUUUUCUUGGCGCACUGACGUACCAGCCAGGAGAGGUCUUGGCGGAAACUCUCAUUAAGAUCUAUGAGACAGACUACCAGGGCGCCAACAGAGUCUUCACGGAGCAGUUCACAGUCGAUGCCUCUCUGGGUCGUGACCUGACCUUCAAGCUGGAGACCAACACGCCCUCGCACGUCGUCAGCCGCCCUCACCUCCUGCGUCCGGAUGGCACUAAGAUCGACAGUGCCACCUUCGACAGCACUUCAAACACGUAUGCCAUCACGGAGGCAAUGGCAGAUGUAGGGCAGUGGACAUACAGCGUUGGUCUCUCGGGCUCCGCCUCAAACUCCAUUAGCGUGAGCGUGUCAGCCAAGGCGAGAACUCCCAACGGAGAACCCAUUCGCACCAGUGCUUGGGCAAGUGCAGGCUCAGGAUCUGUUAAUGCAGUCACAAAUCCAGUCAUUGUUUAUGCAGAGGUGAAACAAGGUAACAAUCCCGUAGUGGGAGCCCGUGUCAAAGCUUUGAUCAGCGAGACAAGUUCAGCCGGAGCCCCCCAGGAGCUUGAGCUCCACGACAACGGCAAUGGAGGAGAUUCUCAAGCGGGAGAUGGCAUUUAUUCGGGCUAUCUCACCAAGUACUCCUCCGUCGGGAGGUACUCUGUCAAGGCCCAGGUGUGGAGUGACGGCGGCGCCCUUGUCAACAACGGCUUCACGACCUCCAGGAGAAAGAGAAGCCACAAAGCAGCUCGCUACGUACGGUCCGUUUCAGCGCAUCCGCUCGGUACAACUCCUUACUGCUGCGGGAGCGUCGUGCCCCUCGACCCUGCGACAGCCACGCCUACAGGAAACUUCACUCGCGUUGCUCCCGGCGGUUCCUUCCAGGUGACGGUGAUUCCAACAGGUGAUUCCUUCGCUCCAUCUCGCGUCACAGAUUUGCAUAUGACCUUAGAAAAAACGAACCUCAGUUUAACGUGGACUGCUACGGGCGAUGAUUUUGAUACCGGUACAGUUAGCGGCUACGAAAUCCGCAUGGCCCACAACGCGACGCACCUCCACGAGGACGCCUUCGACAGCGCUGCCAACGCCACCACGCUCUUGCUCUCGGUGGCAGAGUCCGCCAACUUGACCCUUCUGCUCGUCGAGGCUGGCCGGAAGGUGGCGCUCGAACUCACUCUCGAGGAGGAGGUCAAGUAUGACACUCCGUACUUGGUGGCGCUCAGGGCGGUCGACGACGCUGGCAACAAGAGCCUCGUCUCCAACAUAGUGUCAGUCCUGAUCCCGCCCCCCCCGCCCCCCGCUGACAAGACGGGGCUGUCCCUCACCCUCAUCGUCAUCGGGUGACACGUGACACCGAGUGACACGCCGCAUGGCACAUUUGCAUGGCUUGUCAUGCGGUCAUGCGAAAGAUCAACAUGGCUAUAGGAUUUAAUUUUUUUUUUAAUCCUUGGUACUGAUUAAUUUUUUGUCUUGUUUUUGUUUUAAUAGAUGUGAUUUUUGGCUCGUAUUUUGGAUUGGAUAUUUCUCAAGACUUGGAGGGAAAAAUUGGUCAAAAAAAGGAAGGUCAAGUUAGACUUUGAUUGCAAUGUGCUAUUAUUAUUAUUAUUAUUAUUAUUAUUAUUAUUAUUAUUAUUAUUAUUAUCAUUAUUAUUAUUAUUAUUAUUAUUAUUAUUAUUAUCAUUAUUAUUAUUAUUAUUAUUAUUAUUAUUGUUAUUUUCAUCAUCAUUAUCAUCGUUAUUAUAAUAAUGAUAACGAUAAUAAACAUUAUUAUCAUUAUUAUUAUCACUUAUUGUUAUUCAUUCAUUUAUUAUUUUUCCCGACUGCCCUGUGCGCCAGAGUCUGUGGAAAGCACUACAGUAUAUACUACAUACAUAUACCAUAUGUAGAAAGCCAUUAACCUUAUACCUGUAAACAUUGUCACAUCUUAUUAACAAUAAAUAUCAACAAUUUGAAAGAAAAAAA